UAAAGACGGAAGGCAGGAUAUAAGAGCGAGAGAAAGACGGAUUUAGAGGGAAAAAGAAACAUUAAAAUCGGAGGUUAAGAGAGAAGUGAAAGAGUGAGAGAAAAGCAAGGAAGGAAGAAAGAGAGAGGAAGAGUAAGUAAGCGAGACAGAGAGGAAGGGGAGGAUAAAGGAAAAGACUAAGAGGAAGAUAAAAGAAAGGAAAGAGUGAAAAGAAGUAAAGGGAGAGUGAGAGCGGGUGUAAAAGAAUGACAGGAAAGACAAAAUAAGGGGGGGAAAGAGUGAGAGGCAGAGUUAGGAAGGAGUGUUGGCGGCGCCGCGUUAUCGCUGGGAACAACAACGUCAGCAGCAGCAGCAGCAGUGUUGAGAUGAUGAUGAUAACGUUGAUGAUGAUGAUGAUGAUGAUGGCAGUGGUGGAGGAGGAGGCAGUGGCUACCUGAUGAACGGAGAAGACAACAGAAGCAGCCGUGGCUGGGAAUAAGGCAAGGCCCAUCGCUGCUACCUCCACUUUUUUUUAAAAAACAAAAACAAAAACUGUGGUGUUUUUUUUUUUUUUUACUUUUCAACAAAAAAGAAAUAUUUCUUCUUUUUGUCCGCACUUUUUAAAAAACUUUCCUUAAAUCUUACACAAAAAAAGGAGAAAAAUAAACGAGAAGGAAUUAAAAAAGACACAAACAAAUAUAUAAAAAUAUAAAAUUUUUUAUUUAAAAGAAAAAAAAAAGGGCGAGGCGAGGCCAGUAAUAUUUUUUAAUUGCCAGAAUUCUACGGACUUCACAUGUGAUUCACCUCAGUUCCAUGUUAGCAUCCUAUCAAGAUGCCAAUCUCCAAGAUGUCAAUGAUUUCAGAUUUUAAUUUAAAGAAAACUCUUCAACCAGCCACACAGAAUUUUGAGAAUGAAACAAUAAGCCACGGAAAUGUUAUCUUGAGACAGAACUCGCAAAACCAGUAUGCAGGACGAGAGCUUCAGAAAACCUAAGUUAUUACCUUGUUUUCCUGUAAUAUCACCAGUAUGGUUUGGUCAGGAACCCUCCUCCCUAACAAUGAGGGCUAGUUCUCCUUUAAUCCCUUCCUUUCCAGCUCUUCGCUGUUGUUCCUCAAUGUCCAUAUCUAUCACUUCUGUUCCCGUUAUUAGCUUCAGCUUCCCAAACCGGACUGUCACACUAUGAGCGUUCUGCCACUGAAAGUUAUGGACAGUGAACCUUCUGUCCAAGUCACUGACACUGACCAAAACUUAGUCACACAAGAGGUUCCAUGGAAAUUGAUGGAACCCCAUGGAUUAGUAGAAAUAAUAUCGAAUCUUUUAGAGAAGGUACUUAUUAUCGACAGCCGCUCAUUUCUGGAGUUUAACACCUGCCAUAUACGUCACUCAGUCAAUGUCUGUUGCUCUAAGCUGGUGAAAAGACGUUUACAGCAUGAUAAGGUUCACAUAAAAGAUUUGCUGGCUCAAACAUGUCACAUUGAUGCCGAUGAGAAUGCCGAAAUUAUUGUCUAUGACCAAUGCACUGAGGAACCAGCCUAUUUGACGGGGGACAAUUUCUUGGUUGUAUUACUGCAAAAACUUUCUUCUGCCUACAAAAGUGUCACACUUCUAAAAGGUGGAUUUUUAGUGUUCCAAGCUAUGCAUCCUUCUCUUUGUGAGAGUAAAUCCAACAAGUGUACUUCCCUGACAUCUCUAUCACAGCCUUGUCUGCCAAUUAGCAAUGUAGGACCAACACGCAUUCUUCAUUUUCUCUAUUUAGGCUCACAGAGGGAUGCUAUGUCCCAAGAUAUAAUACAGGUUAAUGGCAUAUCUUACAUUCUGAACGUGACCACAACAUGUAAGCAACCCGCAUUCAUUCAAGAGAGUCACUUUCUUCGCAUUCCAAUUAACGAUAAUUACUUUGAUAAGAUGCUACCAUACUUCCACGAUGCAUUCCAAUUCCUUGACAAAGUACGAGAGGCUAAUGGUUGUGUACUAAUCCACUGCCUAGCUGGUAUUUCUCGGUCACCGACGCUGGCAAUAGCCUAUGUCAUGAGGCAUCUAAAAAUGUCUUCAGAUGAUGCAUACAGAUAUGUUAAGGCCAAGCGUCCCACCAUUUCACCAAACUUUAACUUUUUAGGACAAUUACUAGAAUAUGAAAAACAGUUAAGAGAAGAUCAAGAGAAAGCUAAGAAGCUUGCAGAAACAUCAGGAAAAGCUAUUGAAGUGUCUCGUGGAGGGCAGUUUGCUAUGGAUUUAUGCAGCAGCCCCGUCUCACCAGUUCCGAAACUGCAUCGAACUUGUGGUAGCAUGACCUCAGCUCUGUGUUUGCCAGUGACCCGACAGUCUCAGAUAACAACAACAGCAACAACAACAGCUUCAUCCGAAGUCCUUACAUCUACUCUUGCUCCUACAUCUGUUGACGAAGCUGAUUCUAUGCACAAAACAGCAUCUACUAGUGGCUCUCCAGUCCCCUGUUCGGAGCCUACAAGCAUAUCUUGCACUAGCACCAUUUCCACUACUACUACUACUAGUACUACAACAGUUACUGCUACUUCUACCAUCACCAACACCUCCAUCAAAAGUUGUUCAAAGUUAACCUUAUCCCCUCCUUCACGACCACAAACAUUCACAAGCCUGCCUUUCAAGACAACUCUUUCUCCGACCCCUAUAACACCACCCCUUAUACAGAAGCUGGCACUCUCUCCUACUGCUGCUCUGGCGAAACUGAAUUUCAGUCAGAAUAGUGUUGAAAAUAUGGAAACACUGGAAACGGUAACUGUUGAAAAUAUUCUUCAGAUACACAAAUUUCCAACUACCUCAUUGGACAAACUUAGUUUUACGCCUUGCUUUGCCAAGGACGAAAUAGACAAUGGCAGUUGCAGCAAUGUCCUUAAUAAGGACAGUAAUAUCAGCGAUAGCGGGACAACAACCCCUAUCACCACCACCACCACCACCACCACCACCACCACCACCACUUCUCUAACUUCUCUUGCCACAACUUGCAUGACAGUGCGCCCACGUAACACUGCUGUCAAGAGACCCAAAUCCUCAUCUCACUCUUCUUCAUCUUGUUCGUCAACAUCUACAAGUGAUGGCAUUGAUAGCAAAUUCAUUGAACCACUUUCACCCAGUUCAACUAGCAGCAGCAGCUCUACAUCCAGCUCUGCGGUGACUUCUCCCACAACUGCUAACUCUUCAAAGGUUAUACUUCGCUCAAGAGAGAAUCGCGCCAAACGGCCCCUCGUUCGCCCUAACAGCAUUGCAUUCUCAACUUAUCCGACCUUUGAUUUGGGUUCUGAUUGUCAGGAGUCUCCAGGGUCGAGCAGUACAACUUCACAAGACGAUACGUCCGAAGCGUAUUUAUUGCACAAUGGCAAGAAAUCGAAACCUUCAGAAUCCGGAGGCCAUUGGCCGUACGGUCGCUAUUCUGAGAGGCACGUAUACAAACAGAUUGCUGCCGCCAUGGAAAGUGCCAUGGUUCGAACACACGUGUUUGAAAAUUCCCGAAAAUCUCGUAGUCUGGAUGAUAUCUUGACUUCUGAAGAAGAUCCAGCUGUAUUGGAGUGUCCGUGCUCUCCGCUCGACAAACUUCCUCGACGGUGUGGGGCAAGCGCAGACAUUUAUUCUAAAGGAAUCUUUGAAAACUUAACCUGUCAUAUCCGCGGUUCAUCGGAUUCCUACCAAUCAAGCAGCAGCAUCUCUUCGAGUGGCAGUCACAGUUCAUUACACGGAAGUUUAGAGAUCAUUCAGUACCACACGUCUGGAGAUCUUCCUAAUUUUUUUGACACAUACAUGCAAAUGCCACCACGAUGACUUCGCUUUCAGAACCUGGCACCUUCUUUGGUGAAGUUCUCUAUUGGGCUGUACAGCUACAACCCCAACAUCUUACUAUGGCAGCAUGACUAGUGAAGAUUUCUCAGUUGAAAGAAACAGUGUUACUCUCUCUCUCUCUCUCUCUCUCUCUC